AUGGCCCCUCCUAUUCCUCCUCGGGUGCUACCCCGGGACUCCGAGUCCGGUGGUAAGAGCCUCUCGUCCGGCGCUAUCGUCGGGAUUGCUAUCGUCGCCGGUGCUUUGUCCGUGGGAGCUAUUGCCCUGUUCUACUGGCAUUGGCGCCGACAGCGUCGGUUUGACCUGGAAGAUGCUUCCACGCGAGACAGCUUCGACGAGCCAAUGUCACCAUCAGCUAUCCCUCCGAACGUUGCGUAUACCCUGGACUACAAGAUGGACCAGCAGAAUUAUGGAGGCGGCGACCAAGAAUCUUCGUGCACUUACUCCCCCGAAAAGAGCAUUUAUACAAUCUCGCCGUUGGGAGCACCACCUGUGCCAAGUGCGAUGCCUACACAUCCAGCUUAUAUCCCACGAGCACUGGUCAGGGGCUCAACGAGCCCAAGCCAUCGAUCAUCCUCAACGACAGCAGUUGCUAGCUCGCCUCCAAUACCAUCACAUUCCUUGAAGAUAAGGCCCGACGACCCGUUCGUCCCGGCCUAUCUCAAGGUGGCACAAGAACAAACCGACCAAUCCCAAAUCACGAGCUCUUCGACCUCAGCAACGCCGCAAAGCCUGAUAGAAGAGCAGCUACAACGCCAAACUCAAUCCCCUGACUCUGGCUCGUACUCGUCAGGUCUUCCUCUUCAUCCAAGCCAACGUCAAUCCGGAACACCAAGUCCCGAAUCCAAGGAGCAGCAUCACCCACGCAAGAAAGUCCCCCCACGCCUGAUUCUCUCCAGCUCAACCUUCACAGCCGCAAAUGCGCCAAAGACCGUUAUCGAAGUCUCGGUGCCAGGGGUAGGAAACACCAUGUCCUCAACAACAGCGUCGACCCCAGCAUCCCCCAACGACGCCACAGCUGCCUUUAUAACCGCGGCUGCCUUAAGCAGAAGCAGCACCGGACUGGCCCUUCAACCUCUACUUCCCUUCCCCGUCCUCCUUAUCGAUAAACCCUUACUCGGCAAAGAGAACACAACCAUCAGCGGCCCACUAGCCUUCCCACAACACUACAUCCCACCACCCCGCUCACCCCCUUCAACAGGCUUCUCCCAAACCUUCUUUUCCAACAAAAAGUCCAAAGCCAAGAAGAGCAAGCGGCGGUGUAGGAGCCGAUCAGGCUGGAAGGGGAAACGCGAUUCAGUCGCCACGUUGGACGGGGCGACAGACGCGGAUGAGGAGGAUGAGGUGGAUGACGAAGAGCAGGAGAGCAGCCGGCACCAUCAUAGGAUGGCGUUCAAGAGUCGGCUGGAACAUCAAAGUGCGCACGAGAAGGGCAAGGAUAGAGACAGGAAAGAAAAAAAGAGGAAUAGCGGGAACCGAUACUAUGCAGAAGUUGAAAUUGGGAAUGGAAACGACAUUUGGUAG